UGGACAAAUCCGGCCAGGAGUCUAACCCUAACCUCCCCCGGUCCUAUAUAUAUAUAUAUGUUUCAUUGAGGCAACUUAAUUAAUUUGCCUAGCUAGCUACUCCCACAAACAAUGGUGACCAAAACGACGACUUUGUUGUGCUCUCCUUCUCACCGCUUUCUGACUCUGUUGAUUGCCCUCCUCCUUCUCCAAGGCGCCAUCUCCGCCAGGACACUGCUGCAGGAAGAAUACUCCCCGGCGGUUCCGGUCCCGGUCCCGGCCGCUACAGCUAGCGGCUACGGAGACCACAUUUAUCAGGGUGAUGGCUCAUCUGCCAAAGGUGAUAAGUCUCCGACGACGACCCAGCAGAAGACUGUCCAAAUGUCGCCGGCGACGGCGAUGACUCAGGACUCCUACCAGACUGACAAUGAUGGUGAUUACCCCGGCGGGUAUAAUCCCGGCGGGUCUUACGGUGGGUAUAAUCCCGGCGGGUCUUACGGUGGGUAUAAUCCCGGCGGGUCUUACGGUGGGUAUAGUCCCGGCGGGUCUUACGGUGGGUAUAAUCCCGGCGGCGGAUACAGUCCCUCUAAGAAUUAAGAUAAAGCUGAAAUACCUACAGCCUACAUAUCUAUAUACGUAUGUGUCUAUGGAUUCUCCGCAGGAAUAAUUUGUGACGGCGUAUAUGUGGGGCCGCCCGUUGUCUUGUUAAAGUGUACGGUGUUGAUUAUCUAAAGAUUAUGUACCGAUGUGUACUUGUGUGUUUAGGGUUUGCUGUGUCAAACCCAUAUAUACUCAGGCUGUAGACUUGUGUACAAGGUUAACGAAAAGUGUGAUCAUAAAGCUGAGUGGGAGAUAAUCUCAUCGUGGACUAGUAUGAUAUUGACGAUAUUAUAUUAAAAAAUAGGUGUGUUGUUAAUUUUGUGCAUUGUCUAUGAUUGAGUAUUCGACAUGCAGAUGCUACUGCUAGGUGUUAUUAAGAAUGGUAUUGUAUGAAUGUCUAAUAACAUUUUGAUUUUAAU